CCAGUGACAAUAUCUGUGCUGUGAUUGGUAGAAUAGAGAAGCGUAGUCUCGCCUGGGAGAGCCAGAGCGGGGUUCUUAAACACAAUAGAAUAUUGAGCUUAUGAGUGUAAACAACACUUACUCUGCGUGUUGUAUUUCUUAACUUCUAUUCCAGAAUUCAAAAUGUCUUCAAAGCCAAAAACUCAUAGGCGAAUGAUGGUUCAGAAAUUAACCACUAAUUUCCGAGAAGCUGUGGUCAUUGAAGAAGUUGCUAUUUGCUGUCCUUCAAAAGGGGAAGUUUGCGUAAAAAACAAAUACGUUGGAAUUAAUGCUACUGACAUUAAUAUUACAAAGGGGAGAUACUUCACUGACGGAAAACUACCAUUUGCGAUUGGGUUUGAGGGCGUUGGAGAAAUUGUUGAAAUAGGUGAAGGGGUCGAAAAUGUUAAAGUUGGUCAGAGUGUUGCUUAUAUGUCCGGUAAUCUCAAUGCAUAUGCUGAAUACGCGUGUGUAAGCGCAAAGGAAUUAUUUCCUUUACCAGAAACCAAACCAGAGUAUGUUGUUUUAUGUGUAAGCGGUAUGACAUCUACCAUUGGCAUGGAUAAGUCUGCUCGUAUAAUGGCUGGAGAAACAGUGUUAAUUACUGCAGCAGCUGGUGGAGCUGGACAUAUCGCUGUGCAAUGGGCGAAAGCAGCUGAUUGUCAUGUUAUUGGAACUUGUUCAUCCAAAGAAAAAGAAAAACUUUUAAAAGAGCUUGGAUGUGAUAGAGUUAUUAACUAUAAAACAGAAGAUCUUGAUGAAGUUUUAACCAAGGAAUAUAAGGAUGGUGUAAAUGUCAUAUGGGAGACAAUUGGUGGUAAAAUUUUCGAAACUUGUUUGAAGCAUUUAUCUAAAAAAGGUAGAUUGAUUGUUGUUGGAGGAAUAACUGGUUACAAAAAUGAUAGCUCGGAAGGUCUUCCUAAAGUUGAUCUUUCUAAUUUGCCAAGUCAACUGUUAUUCAACUCAUCAGCUAUUCAAGGCUUCCUAGUGCUACACUAUGCCGAUUGUUUUGCUACGUAUUUUAAGUAUAUGAUGGAAAAUGUUCAAAGCGGUAAACUGCGAGCAAUUGUCGAUAACGGGGCAACGACAACUGGUGAAGAAUUUGUUGGUUUAGAAGGUGUCUAUAAAGGGGUUGAGCAUCUUCAUUCAGGCAAAAGUAUUGGCAAAGUUGUUGUUAGAAUUUCUUAAAGGAACAGUUUAGAGCAAAAAAUGUAUUUUCGAAAAAGAUUUCUUUUAUGGAAUGAUGACUUAAGAAGAGUAUAAAUGGUAUAAUUUGCUUGAAUAAACUUUGAGCUUUCAUGCAUUUUGUCUCUUGUUUCUGUUAAAGAAUCAUGAAUUUGUUUGAAAUAAAAUUUUCUUUUUUAA